UUUUUGGGGUUUUUGUGCGCACUGUCUGCCUUCUUGUUGUUGGUGGCCAUUCUGAUUUUGCUUUUGAUUGAUCCCCUCCGACGCGACGGUGCCUUCCAGUCUCUGUAGAAGUCUACCAUUAGCUCUCACUACACACAGACUCGCCUCCGCCUGCGCUCUCGACGUAGUCGCAAUUUAAAAGCCGCUCGAAUUCUAUUAAUACAAUCACUAGACUCGCAAACGCCAACGGCGCUGGAGCUCGCUCUCGAGUCUUGGGAACUGGAAAAAAGUUUGACAUCAUGACGCCUUCACCAGUCACUUGGCUAAUAGUCAGCUGCUUUUGUGUUGCGGCCGGCAGGGCGGCAAUAGUGCCAGUAGGAGAGUUGUCUCCCACAGUGGUUUUGGCAUCGGAGGACAAUCAAAGUGGCAACGACACCAGUGGAUCCAAUGAAACCGAAUCCAAUGGCAGUUCAACGUUGAAGCUUGUGCAUGUGCUUUUUCGUCAUGGGCCACGUACACCUGUGAGCACCUACCCGAACGAUCCUUAUAUUAAUGAAACAUAUCAGCCUUAUGGCUGGGGCGCUUUGACCAAUAAUGCGAAAGUUGAGCUCUACAAAAUCGGCAAGCAGCUCCGAAAGCGGUAUAAGGAUUUUAUGGCUCCCUAUUAUGUUCCCGAUUUGUUACAUGCACAGUCAACAACGUCUCCACGCACUAUGAUGUCGUUGCAAAUGGUGCUAGCAGGUCUCUUUCCGCCCAGAAACACGCCCAUGGAGUGGAAUCUAAUGCUGGACUGGCAGCCCAUACCCGUAUUUGCUGAGCCUGAGGAAACGGAUAUUCGCCUGCGAAUGAAGGUUCCCUGUCCACGUUACGAUGAGGCGGUGCUGGAAGUUUUGAAUCUGCCGGAAGUGAAGAUGCUCCAUAAACAGAAUGCAGAUCUAUUAGAAAAGCUGACCGAACUGACUGGCCUGAAUGUAACCUACACACAUGAUGUGACCAAUGUUUUUAUCUCGCUCCUGGCCCAAGAAAACUACGGCCUCAAGCUGCCCGACUGGACCAAAGAUUACUAUCCAGAUAAAAUGUUGCCUCUGGCAGCGCAGUCAUAUCUGUAUGAUGCCUACACACCUGAGUUGCGGAAGCUGAAAGGCGGUUUUUAUUUAGACCACAUGUAUGAGCAAAUGCAGGCCAGAGCGAAUGGAAAUUUAGAGCCCUCGGAUAGACGAAUGUUCCUAUACUGCGCUCACGAUUGGACGGUUACGAACAUCUUGUCUGCUCUUGGUGUCUGGCAGCCUCAGAUGCCACGUUUCUCCGCUCUGAUAGCCUUCGAGCUGCAUAAGAAUGACGAUACUGGAGAGUACUUCGUGGAGAUCUAUUUCCAGAAUGAUCCUGAGGGGGAGCCUGAGCAGUUGCAGGUCCCUGGCUGUGCUAAACAAUGCCCGUUGGAGAAACUUUUGGAGCUGUCUGAACACGUGCUGCCAGAUGGGUCUUAUGAACAACUUUGUCGCGCCAAGGGCACAAGUAAUGGGGAGAGGGUCGCUUAUCACAAAUAGGACAAAGAAUAUAACUAGAGAUGCAGUAUUAACCGUAUGGAGUCUAUAUACCUAAAUAAACAUAUACUUACAUAAACGAUUCUGAUUAUAUAAAAAUGCAAUCUCAAUCUAGCAAUUAAAUUUGUCAGAAAAUAA